GACACUCAAUUUAUCGUGUAUAAUUCAGAAAAGGCACAGCCAUGCUCAUCGCCAUUUAUUCCUAAUGGGCAUCCUUCACCGUCCAAACUCAGUUACUCAUCUGGAGAACGAAUUUCAAUCAAAUGCAAUGCCGGUUAUCAACCCAACUCCGACUUAAAAUAUAUAAGAUGCCAGAAUGGAAUUUGGACCCCAAGCUUACCUACUUGCAAAGGCAGAAAUUGCAAAGCCAUGCUCGGCGCCUCUCAUUUCAAAUGGUAAUCCCUUUCCGUCCAAGCGAACUUACUCAACUGGUGAAAGAAUUCGGAUCGAUUGCAAUGUUGGUUACCAACUAAAUUCAAACUUGAUGUAUUCAACGUGUCAAAAUGGACGAUGGACUCCAAACUUACCAGUUUGUAGAAAAAUUGCAAAACCAUGUAAGCCGCCGAAUAUUCUCGAUGGCAUUCCUUUCCCACUCAAACGUACUUACUCAUCCGGAGAACAAAUUUCAAUCAAUUGCAAUGUUGGUUAUCAACUAAAUUCCAACUUGAAAUCUACAACAUGCCAGAAUGGAAUAUGGAAUCCAGAUUUACCAGUUUGCCAAGAAAAGGCACAGCCAUGCUCAUCGCCAUUUAUUCCUAAUGGGCAUCCUUCACCGUCCAAACUCAGUUACUCAUCUGGAGAACGAAUUUCAAUCAAAUGCAAUGCCGGUUAUCAACCCAACUCCGACUUAAAAUAUAUAAGAUGCCAGAAUGGAAUUUGGACCCCAAGCUUACCUACUUGCAAAGAAAUUGCAAAGCCAUGCUCGGCGCCUCUCAUUUCAAAUGGUAAUCCCUUUCCGUCCAAGCGAACUUACUCAACUGGUGAAAGAAUUCGGAUCGAUUGCAAUGUUGGUUACCAACUAAAUUCAAACUUGAUGUAUUCAACGUGUCAAAAUGGACGAUGGACUCCAAACUUACCAGUUUGUAGAAAAAUUGCAAAACCAUGUAAGCCGCCGAAUAUUCUCGAUGGCAUUCCUUUCCCACUCAAACGUACUUACUCAUCCGGAGAACAAAUUUCAAUCAAUUGCAAUGUUGGUUAUCAACUAAAUUCCAACUUGAAAUCUACAACAUGCCAGAAUGGAAUAUGGAAUCCAGAUUUACCAGUUUGCCAAGAAAUUGCAAAACCAUGUAAGCCGCCGAUUAUUCUCGAUGGCAUUCCUUUCCCACUCAAACGUACUUACUCAUCCGGAGAACAAAUUUCAAUCAAUUGCAAUGUUGGUUAUCAACUAAAUUCCAACUUGAAAUCUACAACAUGCCAGAAUGGAAUAUGGAAUCCAGAUUUACCAGUUUGCCAAGAAAAGGCACAGCCAUGCUCAUCGCCAUUUAUUCCUAAUGGGCAUCCUUCACCGUCCAAACUCAGUUACUCAUCUGGAGAACGAAUUUCAAUCAAAUGCAAUGCCGGUUAUCAACCCAACUCCGACUUAAAAUAUAUAAGAUGCCAGAAUGGAAUUUGGACCCCAAGCUUACCUACUUGCAAAGAAAUUGCAAAGCCAUGCUCGGCGCCUCUCAUUUCAAAUGGUAAUCCCUUUCCGUCCAAGCGAACUUACUCAACUGGUGAAAGAAUUCGGAUCGAUUGCAAUGUUGGUUACCAACUAAAUUCAAACUUGAUGUAUUCAACGUGUCAAAAUGGACGAUGGACUCCAAACUUACCAGUUUGUAGAAAAAUUGCAAAACCAUGUAAGCCGCCGAUUAUUCUCGAUGGCAUUCCUUUCCCACUCAAACGUACUUACUCAUCCGGAGAACAAAUUUCAAUCAAUUGCAAUGUUGGUUAUCAACUAAAUUCCAACUUGAAAUCUACAACAUGCCAGAAUGGAAUAUGGAAUCCAGAUUUACCAGUUUGCCAAGAAGUUCCCAAGCAGUGUUCGAUAUUCUUUCCGGACGACAACGGCAGGUACAACCCGGACAAAACAACUUUUACUGCUGGCGAAGAAGUGUUUGUUCGAUGCAGUCCAGGAUAUGCUCCUGAAUCCACAUUAUCAACAUGUAGUGAUGAUGGAAUAUGGAUUCCGAAUUUACCAACAUGCGAAAAACAAUGCACCCAAUUUGCAUUUUUAAAUGGAAAUUAUAGUCCAUCAAAACCUUUGUAUAUUUCUGGAGAUGAAAUAUCGUUUAAAUGCAACCUCGGACAUAGACUUAAUCCUCAAACUGUUCAGUCAUCUGUUUGUCGAGCGGGAAAAUGGACUCCUAACAUACCAUUUUGCAAAAGUACGGAGGCGAUUGAAGGCAUUUGGACUGAUUUUGGAUCGUGGUCAGCAUGUGACGUAACGUGCGGCGGUGGAAUUUCGAUACGUGAAAGAAGUUGUCAACGGGAGCAUUUUUCUCCAACUUGUCUUGGGCCUCAGACCGAACAGCGAGAAUGUAAUGCUGAUAAAUGCCCUGAAUGCUCUGCGCCAGUUUUGAAUUUUGGAGUCAUUGUACCAAAAAGACAAAUUUAUGCUGAAGAAGAAGAAAUAAAAAUAGAAUGCCGGAGUGGAUAUAUUUUGAUUCCGUCUAUCUCUACUUCUGUUUGUCAACCUGACACGAGUUGGGAACCAAGUAUACCUCGCUGUGAACGUACAUGCAGUCCGUUUAUAUCGAUCCGAAAUGGUCGGCAUAGUCCUAAGAGAAAUGUAUAUUCUUCGGGAAAUAAAAUAUCGUUUACCUGCAACGUAGGUCGUAAAUUACACCCACCUGUUCCGACAUCUAUCUGUCGUGAUGGAAAAUGGUUUCCUAAUAUUCCUGAAUGUCGAAAUACCGAAACAAUUUUGACAAAAUUUGGACCUUGGUCGAUAUGUUCCGCAACAUGUAAUGGCGGAGUUGAAAUACGUAGAAGGCAAUGUCGACAUGGGCAGUUUUCUCCGCCAUGUUCCGGCUCCGAAACAGAAGAAAGAGAAUGCAAUACUCAAGAAUGUCCUGAGUGUUUUGCUCCAUUCAUAAAUGAUGCAAAUAUAACACCUAAUAAACAAGUUUACGCUGAAGGUGAAGAGAUUAAAAUUGAAUGUCGAUCAGGGUACAGCGCUGUUCCACCAGUUUUAUUUUCCAUUUGCCAGAAUGGCGAUAAGUGGAAACCAGACAUACCAAGUUGUGAGCCUACACUAGGGGUUUGGAGUGACUUUGGUGAUUGGUCAGACUGCGAUGUUACGUGUGACGAUGGAACACAAACUCGCGAGCGUCUGUGCAAAAAUGCUCUUUCGAAUACAAUGAACUGUCCAGGAGGAUCGGAAGCAGCAAUAGAGCGAAGACCGUGUAAUCUUCGACCAUGCUGGAAUUGUUUAGCACCAAAAUUUGACGCAGGAAGCAUAAUGCCAUAUAAGCUUCGGUACAUUGAAAACGACACAAUUCAAUUCGAAUGUAAAACCGGAUACGUUCUCGUCCCGUCUAUUUCGUAUUCUAUAUGCCAGAAUAUUGGCGACUGGAAACCAAGUAUUCCUAAAUGUGAAAGACAAUGUGACAGACAAUUUUCUAUCACCAACGGAGAAUAUACUCGUAUUUCUGAAAACAGAAUUUCAUUUAGAUGUAAUGAUGGGUAUAAAUUGAAUCCUCCUGCCAAUUUUUCUACGUGCAAUGCAGGAUUAUGGUACCCUGAUAUUCCCACCUGUCAAGAAAAAGAUUCAAAGUGGACCGACUUUGGCCCUUGGUCAAAAUGUGACGUAACAUGCAGUGGUGGAAUCGAGAUUCGUAGAAGGCAAUGUCGAUAUGAACCUUGUUCAGGCCCUGACACACAGGAGAGGGAAUGUAAUACUCGAGAAUGUCCCGAAUGUUUAGCGCCAUUAAUAAACGAUGCAGAUAUCAAACCAGAUAGGCAAUUUUACGCAGAAAAUGAUAAAAUUGAAAUUGAAUGCCGAUCAGGAAAUACUAUGAUUCCAUCGAUUGGGUUUUCUAUUUGUCAGAAUGAUGGAAACUGGAAACCAAAUUUACCGAAGUGUGAACACAUUGAGGACGAGUGCAAAGAUGCACAAACUUGGUGUUCUGCUGUUGUAGCUGGUAUACCUGAUAUUUGUGACUCAGACUCAGAACUGGUGAAAACAUGUCCGAAAUCAUGCAAACGCUGCAAACUGACCACCACCACCACCACCACAGAAGGCAUAUGGAGCGAUUUCAAUUAUUGGUCAAAAUGUGAUGUUUCCUGUGGGGGAGGAAGACAGAGGAGAACUCGAAUAUGUCAAGGAAUUCCGGGUUCCUGUAAAGGAGAAUCAUUUGAAGAAAGAUCGUGCAAUGUUAGAAAAUGCCCUGAGUGGAAAGAUUGGACAAAAUGGAGUGAAUGUUCCGUAACAUGUGGGGAUGGUGAACAAACGCGUUCUCGGAAAUGCACUAUUGCCAGAAAAUGUGAAGGACCAAAUGAUGAAUAUAUACACUGCAAUUUGGAGACUUGUAAAACAUCUGGCGGUGGUUUCUUAUGGUCAAAUCGAAAGAAAGAACCUCGAGAUUGUAAAUGGCGGGCUUGGCAAGGUAGAAAGUGCACUAGAAGAAUUGACGGAAAACUUCGAAUCAAACAGACGCGUAGAAAACUUGAUGCGUUAAGGGGUGGAAAAGCGUGUGUUGGACCCGCUGAGAGAGAGUUGGAAUGUUCUGAAGCUCAACAUGUUGUGUCGACAUUUAUGGCAACCUUUGGGGAAUUUGGAAUAAGAAAGAGAUCUCGAAAACCAAAUACUCCCUUGUGCUCCACUCCUUAUCGAGAUAGCAAAGGAAGCAUAAGAAUGAUCGGCAGAAAAUGUGAUUCAUCGGGUAGAAAGAAACGACAGAUAUCCGAAGAAUUUCAAGAAAAAUAUGAAUAUGAAGCAGAAGUAAUAGAUGAAGUAACUGAAGAAAUCGAUUACGAGUACGAAGACGAUGGAUUACGAUACCGUGACGUUAUCUUUGUUAUCGAUGAGAGCGCGAGCAUUCAAAGAAAAUUUUUUGAGAAGGAAGUGCAACUGGCUUCGACAUUAAUUACUAAGUUAUGUCAGGAUAUAACCGUUGGAAAAGAUAAAACACGAGUUGCUUUGAUGUCGUUCGAUAAAGAAAAUCACUUGCACAUAACAUUUGAUCAACACUUUGAAAGAAGCUCACUUUUAGACGAGAUGUCGCGAAUCCAAUAUAAUGAAACUACUCACGGGGCCACAUGUCUGAUCAGUGCUCUAGAUUAUGCAGAUACAAAGAUGUUUACCGCUGCAGCAGGAUCGAGACCACCGUCGAUAGGAGUAGAACGGCUUGUAAUUUUGAUUACUGACGGGUGCGCCAAUUGCGGGGACAAAUCAGGAGUUACCGAAAAACUGAACGAAAUUUAUCAACAACUUUCUGAUAAUCAUAUAUCAAUUUUCUCCUUUGUUAUUGGAAGCAAUAAUGAAUGUAUCGAAAAUUUGUCGGCUUUAGCAGAUGGUAAUCAUUGCUACAAUACGUUCAAGUUAUCAACGUGGCGUGAACUCGAUGAAGCGAUCAAAUCGAUAGAGGAACACGAAUGCAUCGAAGAAUGGUCGGUGUUGCCAGAAUCUUGUGAAUAGAUUUGUGUCAAUAAAUAAAUAACAAUAGAAUUGUGAUGUUUGUGUUGUAGAUGAACAAAUAGGGCUAAAUUGGUCGAGUUAAUUUCCGGACGACAAAUGCUAUUAUAAAGACCCUUCGAGCAAUUUCAGAAGAACAGAAUAUUAGUGGGUUAGGUUAUCGACUGUUGAAAUACAUCUCGAUUUUGCACGAAACCUAUAAUCCUAUUUACGUUAAUCAAACUUUAACUUUUCAUAGUCUGUCAAAUGAACUAAAAUCUCGGUAUGUUGAAGGCAACAAGAAUAACUAACAUAGCCUACCGAUUGAAGAUAACGUUCCGCUUGGCGGUGAAUGCGCGUUUCUCUCGUAUCAUCGUCGAAAUACAUGUUGUAUGGGAAUCCGAAUGAAAGGCACCAUGUGCAUGUGUUUAUUUAGUGUCAUCGGCGCCUUGAUGAGAACGCGCACUUGACGAAGAGUAAAGUAGGCCACCUAUGCGUCGAGUUUGUGCAGCGUAUCACGAUGAAAAUAAUUGUUGCAAGUUUCCCGAAAUGUGGGACAAAGACUUUACGCGAUUGUCUGAGAAUUUUGGGUUACGUUGUGUACGAUUUCGAUGAGAAUUUUACGUAUCUCGGUGAAGAAUGGACUAAAGUUUUUGAAAACGGCCCUUCUGUUCGGAUUUUCAAAGAAAUGUAUGGAGAUGUCGAUGCCGUUAGUGAUAUUCCAGCGAGUGCAUGCUGGAGGUCGUUACAUGAAUCUUUCCCAGAGGCAAAGAUUAUCCUCACAACUAGAAAAAACGAAGAAGAUUGGUUACAAUCAUGGCUAGCUCAUGUCGAUGCGAUUCACAAAUCCAAGAUGAACUUCGCAAAUCUAUACUUCACUCCAACAGGACUAAAAUUUCUACAAUUUGAGAAAAAAUCUGGUGAAUUAGCUUUUUCAAGCAUGCCAAAGUCAAAGUAUUUUGAUCACGAUGCGGAGGCAUUGAAACAGGCAUACAGAAUGCACAAUAUUGCAGUGAAACAGGUACGCCAAUUGCGGGGACAAAUCAGGAAUUACCGAAAGACGAAAUUUCUCAACAACUUUCUGAUAAUUCGAUAUCUACUUAUCAUUUGUGAUUGGAAGCAAAAUUAUUGUUGUUUUCGCUACACAAUAAUAUUUUGAGUUUUAUGUCGAUUUUGCUUUUAAGAAAGAUUUCCCACAAUUUGAAAGAUUAUUCGGUCAAAUUUUGCAAGGGUAAUGCCGGAGACUAUGAAUAUACACAUCUUAAUUUAAAAAAAAUAACACUAUAAGUGCUUAGAGAAGUAAAAAAAAAAUUGAAAAACAAUGAAUUGUACCAAAUAAUCAUUGUAAUUUACAGAAAAGAUCAAUGACUAAACUAAUCUAUCUAAUCAAUUUGAUUAUAGCAGAUGGCAGUCAUUGCUACCAUACGUUCAAAUUAUCGACGUGGCGUAAACUUGAUAAUGCGAUCAAAUUGAUAGAAGAAGACGAAUGCAUGGAAAAAUUGGUCGAAUGCGGAAUCUCGUGAAAAGAUUUGUGUUAAAAAUUAAAAAAAAAAAAAUGUAUUGUGAUAGAUGUAGCGAAUAAGUCUAAAUUCGUCGAGUUAAGAUCUAAACGAACAAAUGUUAUUUCAAAGACAUUUUAGGCAAUCUCAAACGAAUAGAAUAUUAGAGUGAUAUAUUAUUGAUUGUUAGAUAUACAUCUUUAAAAAAAAAUUGCGGCCUCAUGCACUUUUCCGCAGAUCUAUUCCGUUGAGCUCGUGCUCUGCGAGCGGCAUGACGUUUCACUUGUCCGUAAAUUCAAGCGUAGCUUUUUUGUCUUCGUCGAAAUACAUGUUUCAUAAGAUUCCGAAUCAAGAGCACCAGUUAAUGCACAUGUUUAUUUAAUGUCAUCGACGCGUUCACGAGAACGAGCACUCGACAAACAGUGAAGUAGGCCACCUUUGCGGCGAGGGUAACAUCAAGAUAGGUAACCUUCAUUCUACAAUUUGUUUUUUGGAGUACUUGCAAUUAUCGUACUUUCUCAUGUCAGUUUGUACAGCCUAUCACGAUGAAAAUAAUUGUUGCAAGUUUUCCAAAAUGUGGGACAAAGACUUUACGCGAUUGUCUGAGAAUUUUGGGUUACAUUGUGUACGAUUUUGAUGAGAACUUUACUUUCCUUGGAGAAGAAUGGGCGAAAGUUUUUAAAAAUGGACCUUCUGUUCGGAUGUUUAAAGAAAUGUAUGAAAGAGUCGAUGCCGUUAGUGAUAUUCCCGCCAGUACAUUCUGGAGAACAUUACAUAAAGCUUUUCCAGAGGCAAAGAUUGUUCUCACCACUAGAAGAAACGAAGAAGAGUGGUUACAGUCAUGGCUAGCUCAAGUCGAUGCGAUUCACAAAUCUAAAAUGUCAUUCGCAAAUUUUCAUUUCACUCCGACAGGACGAAAAUUCCUACAAUUUAUGAAAAAAUCUGGUAACGGUGAAUCGGCCUUUUCAAGAAUGCCAAAGUCAAUGUAUUUUAUUCAGGAUGCGGAAGCAUUGAAACGGGAAUACAGAAUGCACAAUAGUGCAGUAAAACAGGAGAUCCCGAAAGACAAACUACUUAUUUUUAAGUUUUCCGACGGCUGGGAACCACUCUGUAAGUUUUUAGAAAAAGAUAUUCCUGAUGUACCGUUUCCUCAUUCUAACAAAGGGGCUGCGGUACGAGAGAGACAUAUUGCCCCAAUGGUUUUUAGUAAAAUGGACCACGAAUUAUCUUGUGUUGCUGCUUGUUUGGCUAUAUUAAUAGGUAUUCUUCUCUAUUUGUCCAUUCAAGUCAUCUGCUGAUCACGCUAUAUUAAAUGAUUAGUAGUUGACAUGAUACAUCACGAAAAGAAACAGUUGUUUGAUUAAAAAUACUUUAUCCAAUAUAUUAAUUAUCCUAGUGUGUAUUUAUUGUAGUAGCAAGGAGUUAAUGGUUUUUCCUCCAUGAAACGUGCCAAUGAUGUUGGGAUGUGUAUGGAUGUUUAAAAAUAAUCUCUCGUCUUGAAAUUGAAAUGAUCAAAUAAGAGAUUUCUAUGAAGGAUGAUGAUCGCUAUUGUACUACUGUUCUGUACUGUCGUUUGGCUUUUAUGUCCAUAUAUUUAAGCA